AUGGCCGCGUCAGCGUCGGCGGCGGGCGGCGAGCCCCAGAAGCAGUUCCUAUCCAUCAUCCGCGACUUUGCCGCCGAGAAGUCCCACGGCGAGCGCACGGUGUCGGGCCUGAAGCGCCGCCUCGACGACGUGGUCUCGGCGUCCGACGCGGCCACGGCGGAGCUCGAGGCCGCGAAGCGCGCGCGGGAGGCGGCGGAGACGGAGCUGCGCGGGAGCGAGGUGCAGGCCUCCAUCGCAGACGCGUCGAUACAGGCGCUCGAGGCGACGAUCUCUCAUCUCCAGGAGGAGAUCGCGAAGCUGGGCUCUGAACUGGAGGCGCUUAAGAGCACGGAGGACAUCGAGAGAGAGGAGUUCUUGAGACAGAUGCAUGAAAUGAAUGCUAGGAUAAGGCAAUUUCAACAGAAGGCUUCUGCAGAAUUAGCAGAGAGGUGCUCUGGACCGCCAUCAGCAGAUGGUAAGCAAGGCAAGUCAGCAGAGGGUCAAAAUGGGAGCGACAUGAAUGAAACUAUGGACUCAGAAGGUAUGUUGACCGAUUCGGUUGAUCAGAUGAACAACAUGAACGCUGAGGUGCAUGUAUUGGAGGAAGAGUAUCAAAAGGACCUGCUUGAACUUGAAAAGCUGCGUCAUGAACUGGCUGAUGUCCGAGCAAAGAGAGCUCUUAUGGAGGCUGUGAUGAAAGAGACGAAGAAGUUGCAGGAGCUCGGAGGAUAUCCUUUUCACCUGUCUAGAAAUCACUUCGUUGGCUCAACUAUUCAUUAUAUAUACAUAUGUUCCUGCUGCUUCUUCCUCCGUGUGUGUUCGCGGAAGCUUUCCUUGACUCGACGCAAGCGCGUGGCCGAGCUGGAGAACGUGCACAAUUCACUCGCUGAGGAGCUCCAGAAGCGCUACAUAUGCCCUGGCUGCGGAACCAACAACAUGGCGGCGGCGGAGGAGGAGGCGGCGCCCGCAGCGGCGGUGGCAAACUAA